GAUAUAUAUUCUCAAUACACAACCUACUAGUAAUACACAGCAGACGACAGACGUUGUACAACAACAAAAAAAAAGACAAUCCUUCACGCGGAACGACGUCAUUUUCAACAUGUUUCGCAUUGUUGGGUUUCAUUGACAACAAUUUAUCUUUUAUUAAGUGCAGUCUGUUAACAGGUGUUCAUGUCAUUAAGUGCCCGCUUGAAAGGUCUAGACUACGCAACCUUUUAGAUAUCUAUAUCUGUUUGACUCUCUCUCUCUCUCAAUAUAUAUAUAUAUAUAUAUACAUACAUAUACAUAUAUAUAUAUAUCCAUCGUCGUAUAUAUAAUUGUGAACAACUUAUAUUUUUCUGAACUUUAUCUCUUAUUCAAGUGCACGAACGCGUGAGCUGUGACAGAAGCCAACAUGGGUGAACCGGACAUCAGCCUUGGUUCUGGUUCCAGUGUCUUAUGUUUUUAUGUCAACGGUCAAAAGAUUGAAGACUCAGCACCAGAUCCGAAGAUGACAUUGUUGACCUACCUCCGAGAUAAACUUCGUCUAACCGGAAGUAAACUUGGCUGUGGUGAAGGGGGAUGUGGGGCUUGCACAGUCAUGGUGUCCAGAUAUAGCGAUGACACGGAUACUGUAAAACACUACAGCGUGAACGCUUGUCUCGCGCCAGUCUGCUCCAUGCAUGGUUUGGCUGUGACCACAGUGGAAGGGAUCGGCAACAUUAACAACAUCCACCCAGUACAGGAGAGAAUUGCCAAGUUCCAUGGGUCACAGUGUGGCUUCUGUACACCUGGUAUGGUCAUGAGUAUGUACACGUUACUCAGGAACAAUGCCUGCCCUACCGUCAGGGAACUGGAGGAAUACCUGGAUGGUAAUCUAUGCCGGUGUACUGGAUACAGAGCCAUACUUGACGGAUUUAAAACAUUCACUAAAGAGUUUACAUGUUCUCUUGGUAGCCAGUGUUGUAGAAAUGGAAAUCAGUCACCAGUUUCGAGCAACGGUCACGUCAGUCCUACAGAUCUCAUCAACGGAGACAGCCUUGACAAACAAAACGGAUAUGAUGUCUCGCACGUGCAAGUUUUGGGACCAAAAGUCAGCAACCUUAAGCCACACUUACCAUCUCAGGAGCCAAUCUUCCCCCCAGACCUAAAGAUAAAUCACAACAAAUACCUAGGGGAGAUAAUUCAAUUCAGUAGCACGGAUGUUGAAUGGAUUCAGCCUAAAACAUUACCCCAGUUACUGGCCCUGAAAAAGAAUUAUCCCACUGCCAAGUUGUUGGUAGGCAACACAGAGAUAGGUGUCGAUACCAAGUUCAAAUAUAUGAAGUUCCCAGUACUCAUCUCCACAACAAAUAUCAAGGAAUUAUCAAAGGUUCAAAUGACAGAGGCAGGCUUAGUUGUUGGUGGCGCUGUGACACUUUCAAGGUUGAUUUCAGAACUAAAUGAAGCCAUUGCAACUCAGCCAGACUACAAGACUGGCAUAUUUGUUCAGUUUGUGGAGAUGCUGAAAUGGUUUGCAAGUCAUCAAAUUAGAAAUGUUGCAUCUGUGGCAGGAAACAUAAUGACUGCCAGCCCAAUAUCAGAUCUAAAUCCUUUGUUGCUAGCUUGUGGUGCUCAAGUCUCUGUCAAGUCUUUGGACCGAGGAUCUAGAGUUUUGAAUAUGGAUAAAGGAUUCUUUUGUGGUUAUAGGAAAACAGCAGUAGCUAGUGAUGAAGUGCUUGUGUCUGUCACAAUUCCAUUCACCAAAAAGGGAGAAAUAUUUGCUGGUUACAAACAGGCAAAUAGAAAGGAAGAUGACAUUUCCAUCACUAAUGCAGGAAUGUUGGUAGAACUGAAUGACAAUCACACUAUCAAUAAAUUAACUUUGGCCUUUGGUGGCAUGGGAAUCACAACUCUCCUGGCAAGUCAGACAAUGGAAGCUGUAAUAGGAGAUAAGUGGAAUGAUUCCUUGCUUUCUAAAGUUUGUGAUUUGUUGGCCAAGGAUCUUCCCCUUGAUCCUGGUGCUCCAGGAGGAUCCUCAGAGUAUCGUAGAACAUUGGCACUAAGCUUUUUCUUUAAGUUCUAUGUCAGUGUCAGUCAGAAACUAAACAGUUAUGAAGCAGACGUUAGUGCCAUUCAGCCAAUGGAAAACCCCACAACACGUUCCAUCCAAGUUGUUGGCGCUGUAGACUCUAGAGAAAAACCUUUGAACUUUGUUGGGAAAUCCCCUUAUCACGUCUCAGCAUUACAGCAGAGCACAGGGGAAGCAAUCUAUAUUGAUGAUAUGGCACCAGUGAAUGGUGAGCUUCAUCUAUCGUUAGUUACAAGUACUAAGCCUUUUGCAAAGAUUCUUCGAGUUGAUCCUUCUGAGGCCUUAGCGAGUGCUGGUGUUGUUGACUUUUUGAAUGCAUCUGAUAUUCCAGGAGUUAACCAUCUUGACAUUGUUAUGGAUAAAAUCUUUGAGGACAAUGAAGUGACCUGUCAAGGUCAGGUUAUUGGUGCAAUUGUCGCAACCAGUCAUGAAUGUGCCAGGAAUGCUGUACGACUUGUCAAAGUGGAUUAUGAGGCCAAAUCUCCUGUUAUUAUAACAAUAAAGGAUGCAAUUAAACACAAUUCAUACUUUAAUGCCAUCAAGAAAAUAACUGCUGGUGAUGUGGAAACAAGUUUUAAGUCAUGUGAUCAUAUUCUUGAAGGAGAAGUACGAAUGAAUGCACAGAAUCAUUUUUAUAUGGAAACCAUGUCUACUCGGGCUAUACCUGGAGAGAAUGGAGAAAUGGAAAUAUUUACUUCAACUCAAAACCCUACAGAUAUACAGCUACAUAUGGCUUCUAUCCUGGGUGUUGACUGUAACAAAGUAGUUGUCAGAACAAAGAGAAUUGGUGGUGGUUUUGGAGGUAAAGAAACACAGACUUUAUUGUCUGCAGCUCCAACUGUUAUAGCUGCUCGCAAACUUGGCAGACCCAUAAGAUGUAUUCUAGAAAGAGAUGAAGAUAUGAUCACUACAGGGAACAGACAUCCAUUUCUGGCUAAAUACAAAGUUGGAUUUACAUCUAAAGGAAAAAUUUUAGCUCUGGAUUUGGAAUUGUACAACAAUGGUGGAAAUAGUUUGGACCUUUCACUUGCUGUGAUGGAGAAAGCAUUACUUGAAAUAGACUCCAGCUAUCAUUUCCCUAACAUGAGACUCAUUGGCAGAGUAUGUAAAACCAAUAUUAUGUCUAACACUGCAUUCAGGGCUUUUGGUGGUGUACAGGGUCAUUGGAUUGCUGAAAGCAUUAUGGAUGAUGUCAUAGCUUAUCUAGAUCUGGAUCCAGUAAAGGCCAGAGAACUAAAUUUUUUUCAACCAGGUGUUUUGACCCACUAUAAUUUUCCAGCAGGAGGGGAAUAUCUAAAAACUUGCUGGGACAUGUGUCUGGAACAAAGUCAUUAUUACAGAAAAUCUAAAGAGAUUGAGGAAUACAACAGACAAAAUCGCUGGAAGAAAAAAGGAAUGUGCAUAAUUCCCAUCAAGUUUGGCAUUUCAUUCCUUCAAACACACAUGAAUCAAGCAGGGGCAUUAGUCCAUGUCUAUCGAGAUGGAUCUGUCUUGAUUGCUCAUUCUGGGAUUGAGAUGGGGCAAGGACUUCACAUUAAAAUUGCCCAGGUUGCUAGUGAAGUUUUCCAGCUACCCUUGUCUUACAUACACAUCAGUGAGACUAGUACCAAUACAGUACCAAACACUCAGCCUACAGCAGCAAGUGUCAGCACUGACCUUAAUGGUAUGGCUGUCAAGGCUGCCUGUGAGACUAUCAUUGAAAGACUAAAGCCAUUCAUUAAAACUAAUCCAAAAGGCUCAUGGGAACAAUGGAUAAAAGACGCAUAUUUGGGGAGAGUCAGCCUAUCUGCAACAGGAUUUUAUAGAACUCCUGAUGUUGGUUACAACAUGGAUAAGUGUAUUGGCCAACCAUUUGCUUAUUACACUUAUGGAGUAGCUUGCAGCAUAGCUCAGAUUGACUGUCUUACUGGUGAUCACAAGCUACUGAGUACUGACAUUGUGAUGGAUGUUGGUAAUAGUAUAAAUCCAGCUAUUGAUGUUGGGCAGAUUGAAGGUGCCUUUGUUCAGGGAUGUGGGUUAAUGCUUCUUGAGGAUGUCAAGGUUAAUGCAGAAGGAUAUCACCUAACCAGAGGGCCUGGAUACUACAAGAUUCCUGCUUUUGGUAAUAUUCCUGCAGAAUUUAAUGUUAGCCUUGUUCCGGACAGUCCCAAUCCAAAAGCAAUAUUCUCAUCUAGGGGUGUUGGUGAACCUCCAUUGCUCCUUGCUUCCUCGGCUUUCUUCGCUGUUAAAGAUGCUAUAAGAGUGGCCAGGAGAGAGAAUAAGGAAAACAUUUUGUUUACUUUAAACAGUCCUGCUCUUCCAGCCAACAUUCGCAUGGCCUGCAUGGAUGACCUCAGCAAAAGGUUUCCUUUGGCUGAUCCUGAGACGUACGUCCCAUGGACUGUUGAUUUAUAGAAGUAAGUCCCUUGGACUGCUCAUCUACAGGCUGUGUCAUUUAUUUGCAGCUACAGAAAUUACAUUUAGCCAGUUCACCUGAGGCACCUUUUAAAUAUAUCUACCUUGAUUGGCCAGAGAAGCAAAACAUUUGGAGACCAGAAAGCUAAACACUCAGACCAGAAGGCAAAAUACUAGGAGACGAAGGGGAAAACAAUUUGUUUGGCAUGUUUUAGUAGAAAGAAUGUCAUUGGUUGCUAGGGGAAUAUCAAAUGAAUCUAUUAUUAUUGUUAUGAAUAUGUGCACUGUUUUUUUCACUCAUAUUAAUGUAAUUAAUGCACUCUCUCACUUUAUAUUCACACAACGUGAAACUAAAGCAUUUAAAUAUUUUCUAACUAAAACAUUAUUCAGACUUCAUUAAAUUUUAUUAUAUAAGACCCUAGGGGAGUGCUAGUUACAAUUCAUCAUAAUUAAUUAUAUGUACAUUAUCACAUUUACAUUAUAGCCAUAUGAUAUCCAUAAUUCUAUCUCUUCAAGUUCUACAGUUAAAACAUUGUACAAGAACCAAAAUAGAACUUUAGUCAGUUAUUUUCCUAAAUUCUCUUAAAGUAAUAGAAUCAGCAAAAUGAGGUAUUGCUAUUAAGAAAUCUGAAACAUUUUAGCUGUCAAAAGCCUUUUGUUAAUUUAUGUAAUUAGAAUUCAGGAUAUGUUCUAAUGUGUAAAAACCUAUGUGUUGACUUGUUGAUGUAUAAAAUAAAACAUUUCCAUUUUCUGUUAAA